UUUAGCUAUUCUUUUCCCUUUUUUUCGUUCAAAGCACCAUCCGUAGCUCUCGGUUCAUAUAAUAUACGUAUAUUAGUUACAAAUAUUAUGCAUACGAGAUAUAGAAUGCAAGCUAGAAGUAUAUAGGGUUUUAAGGAUUCCCGGUUACAUUCGCAAAAAAAAAAAAAAUGGAAACAACGGGUGAGCUGGAGGGAGAAGAAAGAAGGCGACUGGAGGAGUUGCUCGAAAGCAAUCCCGAUGACUCUUCCCUUCAUUUUCAACUUGGAGUAUGCUUGUGGGAGACUCAGACGGAGAAAGAGAAAGCGGCGGAGCAUUGGGUGAUUUCCGUUAAACAAAACCCUAAGAACGCAGCUGCCUUUACCUACUUGGGCCAUUACUACGCCACCGUUUCGGUCGAUAUCCCCAGAGCCAUCAAGUGUUACCAGCGAGCUUUAUCCCUUAAUCCCGAUGAUUCCGAUUCUGGGGAAGCUUUGUGUGAUUUGUUGGAUAGUCAAGGCAAGGAGACCUUGGAGGUUGCAAUUUGCAAAGAUGCUUCUCACAACUCUCCCAGGGCUUUCUGGGCUUUCCGCCGAUUGGGUUUUCUCCAGGUGCAUCAAAAGAAAUGGUCUGAAGCUGUACAAAGUCUUCAACAAGCUAUUCGGGGCUAUCCGACUUCUCCUGAUUUGUGGGAAGCUCUUGGUCUUGCCUACCACCGGCUUGGCAUGUUUACUGCUGCUAUUAAGUCCUAUUCACGUGCAAUUGAAUUGGAAGAUACAAGAGUCUUUGCGCUAAUUGAAUGUGGAAACAUCUUUUUGAUGCUUGGUUCCUUUAGAAAGGGAAUUGAACAAUUUCAGCAAGCACUAAAGAUCUCGCUACAAAACAUGUCUGCACUCUAUGGACUUGCGUCUGGACUGCUAGGUAUGGCAAAAGAAUGUAGAAAUUCAGGAGCGUUCAGAUGGGCAGCUUCAUUAUUAGAGGAUGCACGUAAAGUUGCAGAAGCUAGCAUCAAAUCAGCUGGAAAUUCAUCAUGUACAUGGAAGUUGCAUGGUGAUAUUCUGCUUACAUAUGCACAAGUUUUUCCAUGGACAGAGGAGAGCCAGGGUUUAGAAUACAAUGCAGAAACUUUCAAGAACUCCGUAUAUUCAUGGAAGAAUACCUGUGGUUUGGCUGCUAUAUCUGCCAGAAACUCUUAUCAACGAGCUUUGCACUUAGCUCCAUGGCAGGCUAAUAUCUACAUUGACAUUGCAAUUAGUUCUAAUCUUAUCUCUUCUUUCAAUCAGGAUAACACACUUGAUAAGUGUACUUGGAAGUUACCCGAGAAGUUGACACUGGGGGCUUUAGCACUAGAGGGUGAGAACUCUGAGUUCUGGGUGGCUUUGAGCUGUUUGUCUGAGUGUAAUGCACUUAAGCAGCACUCGUUAAUCAGGGGACUGCAGUUGGAUGUGUCUUUAGCCUAUGCUUGGGCAUAUCUUGGAAAGCUUUAUAGAGAAGAGAAUGAGAAGAAAUUGGCUAGGCAAGCAUUUGACUGUGCUAGAGGUAUAGAUCCAUCGCUGGCAUUACCAUGGGCUGGGAUGUCAGCUGAUGCUCAUACUGGGGAUUCAACACCAGAUGAUGCUUUUGAGAGCUGCCUACGUGCUGUGGAGAUAUUUCCGCUUGCAGAGUUCCAAAUUGGACUUGCUAAGCUUGCUUUACUUUCUGGGAACCUUUCUUCUUCGCAGGUAUUUGGAGCUAUCCAGCAGGCUGUGCAACGGGCACCGCACUACCACGAAUCCCAUAAUUUAUAUGGGCUAGUUCACGAGGCACGUAUGCAGUUUCAAGCUGCCAUUGCUUCUUACAGGCUAGCUCGCUAUGCCAUCAACAUUUCUUUAGGCACUGUCCUCAAAUCUCACUUGAAAGACAUAUCAACAAAUUUGGCUAGAUCACUUAGUAAGGCAGGGAAUGCCAUUGGUGCUGUGCAAGAAUGUGAAGACUUGAAGAAAGAAGGUAUGCUUGAUGCUGAAGGUUUGCAAAUAUAUGCUUUCUCCUUAUGGCAAUUGGGUGAGAAUGAUUUAGCCCUCUCUGUGACUAGGGCCCUGGCUGCCAGCGUUUCUACCAUGGAUAGGAUAUCUGCAGCUGUGUCUGUUAGUUUCAUUUGUAGAUUGCUGUACUACAUUUCUGGACCGGAUUUAGCAAUUGGUAGCAUUCUGAAAAUACCGAAGGAAUUAUUUCAUAGUUCAAAAAUAAGCUUUAUUGUGUCUGCCAUUAACGCUCUGGAUCAGAAUAAUAGGCUAGAAUCGAUUAUUUCAAGCAGUCGAUACUUUCUUGCAUCACAGGAGGAGAUCACUGGGAUGCAUUAUCUAAUAGCACUUAGCAAACUGAUUAAACAUGGGACAAAGCACCACCUUGGGUUUCAGAAUGGAGUCAACCAUCUUAGAAAAGCUCUUCACAUGUACCCUAACAGUAUUUUAAUAAGGAACCUACUUGGUUAUAUUUUGCUAUGCAGUGAAGUAUGGGGAAAUAGUCAUGUGUCAAGUAGAUGUUCCAUCGUUGACGAUUCUGACUCUAAGAACAAAGAGGGCUUAAAAUCGGCCUGGGAGAUUUCCAGUGCUGGGGCAGUUGCUUGCCAUGCGAUCGGCAAUAGUGAACCGAGAUUCUCUUUCCCAACAUGUAGCUGUCAAUGCACGAGUUCUGGAGCUAUGCAAGAAUUGCAGAAGUGCUUACGGCGAGAGCCAUGGAACCAUAAUGCCCGAUACUUGCUUAUCCUUAAUCUUUUACAGAAAGCACGUGAAGAGAGAUUUCCUGUAAACAUCUGUAUUGUUCUUGAGCGUCUCAUAAGUGUGGCUCUUUCUAAUGAGUUCUAUUCUGGAAAAGAAGCCAUUUGUCAAUAUCAGAAGUUUCAGAUUUAUUUAUGUGCUUCUGAAAUUCUUUUGCAAAGGGGGAAUAUAAUGGGCUGUAUUGACCAAGCCAAAAAUGCUUCAGUACUUUCUCUUCCGGAUAGCUUCCAGUUUUUUGGACACUUACUAUUAUGUCGUGCCUACGCUGCAGAAGGAAAUUUAAAAUUUUCUAAAGAAGAGUAUGAGAGGUGCUUGGAGCUUAAGACAGAUUUUCUAGUUGGUUGGCUAUGCCUAAAACUAAUGGAAUCUCAAUAUGAAGAGCAACCUGCUUCAAAUAUUUUUGAGUUAGCCUUCAAGGAAGGCUCAGAAGGGAGGAAUAAUUCAUGGAAUAUGUGGAUGGCUGUAUAUAGUUUAGGGAUGGGCCUGAUAUGUUUAUGGAAUCAGGACUUUCUUUCAGCAGAGGAAUUUCUGGAACAACCUUGUUCGUUAACCAGUGCUGAGAGCUGCAUUUUCCUUUGUCAUGGUGUCACUUCUAUGGAGAUUGCAAGGAGGUAUCAUGAUUCGCAAUUUUUAUCCAGUGCCAUAAGGAGUCUCAGCAAAGCUCAUAUAACUUCUUCGGUCCCAAUUCCCAUUGUCUCAGCAUUGUUAGCCCAAGCAGAAGGAAGCAUUGGUUCUAGGAAAAAGUGGGAGAGAAAUCUUCGCCUUGAAUGGUUUUCUUGGCCACCAGAAAUGAGACCAGCAGAGCUGUUUUUUCAAAUGCAUUUGCUUGCAAGACAGAUUGCAUCCGAGUCUGACAGUUCAUCCAGGGUGGAGGGCUGCCAAAGUCCCCUGCAAUGGGUUCUUCGAGCCAUUCACACAAACCCUUCUGACUUGAGAUAUUGGAAAGUUCUGCCAAAGCUUUUGUAACAACAGAGACUCAAUUCCGCACAUUAGCACACAACUUUUCAAGAUCCUACUUUGUUUAUACAGAUUAUAGAAUGAAUCCCUAGGACUACUUGUUCCUCAUCUUACAAUCGGGUUUUGUAGAUUGACCUGUGUUUUCUUGAAUGCAAUUAAUUAACCUCCAAUUUUGUCAAGUAA